AUGCCUCUCUUCCUCACCCUUUCCAGAUUUCUCUUGUUCUUAUACAUCCUGAAAGAUUGUGCUGCCAGAGACACCAUCGCACCUGGUCAAGCACUUGUCGGCAGCGACAAGCUCGUCUCCAGCAAUGGCAAGUAUGCACUUGGCUUAUUAUAUUCCAGACAGGCAACAUUCAUGUGGCUUGAGAGCUCAGAGAAUUGGUUAAUGAGCUAUGGUCAACCCAAAGCUCAGUGUGAUGUCUAUGCUGAUUGGGAGUUGGAUGAUCGAACAGGUGGGUGCAUGAGAAAUAGUCCAUUAGAUUGUGAGAGCCACAAAAGCACAGAAAUUUCAACCGACAAGUUCUAUUCAAUGCAAUGUGUUAGGCUACGUCAUAAUGCCUACAACAUAGAAGCUGCUACCAGUUCAGAUAAAUGCAAAUCAGUUUGCUUAAGUAAUUGUUCUUGUACUGCAUAUUCCUGGCGCAAUGGAGGCUGCUUAGUAUGGUACGACGAAUUACUCAGUGUAAAGCAGCAGCAGCAGUGUAAUGACGUAACUGAUACUAGUGGAGGAACUCUAUUCCUUAGCCUAUCUGCGAAAGAGGAGCUUAGUCAGAAAAGCAGUGCAAGAAUGAGGAUUGCCAUUAGCCUUGCUGUAAGCUUUGCCAUCUUGUCACUGGCACUGGUACUACUAAUGAUUUGGUGGAACAAGAGGAAAAGGUACAGAUUCACACUGGAAACUGCUCAAGGUGGUGGUGGAAUUAUUCCUUUUAGAUACACUGAUUUGCAGCAUGCUACAAGAAACUUCACAGAAAAGCUAGGUGAAGGUGGGUUUGGUUCAGUAUUCAAGGGAGUUCUGGCUGACUCAACAACAAUAGCAGUGAAAAGGCUUGCUGGUGCAUAUCAAAGAGAGAAACAAUUCAGGGCUGAAGUUAGCUCAAUUGAACUUAUCCAACAUAUAAAUUUAAUUAGGCUAAUUGGGUUUUGCAGCAGAAGUGAUAGCAAAUUGCUUGUCUAUGAAUAUAUGCCCCACCGUUCCCUUGACAUUCAUCUAUUCUCAGGUGAUGCUGAAAUCUUGAAUUGGAAUACUAGGUACCAAGUAGCUCUAGGAAUUGCUAGAGGACUAGCCUAUUUGCAUGAGAGCUGUCGAGAUUGUAUUAUACACUGUGACGUGAAACCUCAAAACAUACUUCUAGACGAAUCAUUCAUCCCCAAAAUUGCAGACUUUGGAAUGGCAAAGUUCUUAGGUAGGGAGUUCAGCAGGGCUUUAACUACAAUAAGAGGAACCAUAGGAUACCUUGCACCUGAAUGGAUAAGCGGAGGGGCAAUCACACCAAAAGUUGAUGUUUACAGCUAUGGAAUGCUUUUAUUGGAAAUUGUUUCAGGAAGGAAGAACACACAUAGAGAAUGUACCACUACUAGUGAUGAUGAUACUUAUUUCCCUGUGCAAGUUGCAAGCAAUCUUCUUUUGGGAGAUAUUGGAAGCUUGGUGGAUCACAAAUUACAUGGCGAUGUCAAUCUAAACGAAGCUGAAAGAGUUUGUAAGGUUGCUUGCUGGUGCAUUCAAGACAAUGAGCUCAAUCGACCGACAAUGGGUGAAGUGGUUCAAGUUCUUGAGGGUUUAAUAGAAUUAGACAUUCCUCCAAUGCCAAGGCUACUUCAAGCUAUCGGAGGUUCUCAUUCGGCGUGA